CAUUCUCUUCCCUGCCUGUGCCACGCCUGGGGCCUCACUGUGUGGCAUCUGUUUCGUUGCUGUCCUCUGCUCUCCCUCAGGUCCUGGUACUGCUGACCUCUCCUGGUCACCCUGUUAUCUUUGCCGUCUUUGCUGAGUUCUUGGUUAGGCACAGUUAUAUUUCCGUGGCAGCCCGUGAAGAUGCUGCCUUUGGAGAGGGUGUUAGCCACCCCGAGAAGCUCACCUCCCCAAACAGAACCAUCUACUCUGUGGUCAAAAGAUACAGCACAGCAGGAGGGACCCAUCCCAGGGGAAGGACUCAUUAAGCGACCAGAGCCCAGCCAGCAUGAGGAAUGCAGGAGGCAGGAUGAAGAACCCAUCCAGAUGCUGGAAACUAGUCAGAGCGAUGCGCCCAGUCAGAGGGAAGAAGAACUCAGUGAGCAGCGAGAACCUAGUCAGCAGGAGGAGCCCAGUCAAGAGGAAGAGUCUGUCCAACUGCAAGAACCCAGCCAGUGGGAAGAACCUGGCCAGAAGGAUACACCCGUGCAGCAGGAAGAACCCAUGCAGCAGGAGGAGCCCAGCCAAUGGGAAGAACCCAUGCAGCAGGAGGAGCCCAUUCAGCAGGAUGCUUCCAUCCAACAUGAACUCAUCCUACAGGUGGGGCCCAUCCGGAAGGAACUGAUUCUGCAUGAGGAGUUCAUUCAGCAGGAUAAGUCCACCCAAAAGGAAGAAUUUAUUCAACAAGAGAAGCCAAUUCAGCAGGUAGGGUUCAGCCAACAGCAAGAACCUAGCCAGAAGGAUCAACCCACCCAACCAGAGGAACUUGGCCAACAGCAAGAACCUAGCCAGAAGGAUCAACUCACCCAACAGGAGGAGCUUGGCCAACAGGAAGAACUUGGCCAGAAGGAUCAACUCACCCAACAGGAGGAACUCGGCCAACAGCAAGAGCCUAGCCAGAAGAAUCAACCAAACCAACAGGAGGAACUCAGCCAACAGCAAGAACCUAGCCAAAAGGAUCAACUCACCCAACAGGAGGAACUCGGCCAACAGGAAGAACCUAGCCAAAAGGAUCAACCAAACCAACAGGAGGAACUCGGCCAACAGGAAGAACUUGGCCAGAAAAGUCAACCCACCCAACAGGAAGAGCCUAGCCAGCUGAAGAAAACAGAAACCAUCACUGAGAGGUCUGCUGCUGACCUUGAGUUUUCCCGCCUGCGCUUCCGGGAGUUUGUGUACCAGGAGGCAGCGGGGCCUCACCAGACGUUGGCCAGGCUUCAUGAGCUGUGCCACCAGUGGCUGAGGCCUGAGGCCUGCUCCAAAGAGCAGAUCCUGGAGCUGCUCGUUCUGGAGCAGUUCUUGGGCAUCUUGCCAGACAGGGUCCGUCCCUGGGUGGUAGCCCAGUAUCCUGAGAAUUGCAAGAAAGCCGCCUCCCUGGUGGAGGGUGUGUCUGACAUCCUGGAGGAGCCAGGAAUGGUGUUGUGUUCCCCAGGUGGGUCAUCAUCCUCCCUCAGCGAGAGAGACUAUGAGAGGUGUCCUGAGCCCCUGCCGUUACCAUCUCCCCUUCUUCCAGCCUGGCCUACCCUGGAACCCAUGUGUUUGGAUCAAGAGCACACAGAGGGAGGGCGGAGCGAAGAGGCCAGUCCUGCCACAGCUGGGCUGAAGGUGAGGGGGCUGAAGGUGCUGGAAUGGGAGCAGCUGGACCCCACAGAGGAUAACCUGACAAGUUACAGCAAGCUGCUCCUGUGGGGGUGUCAGUUUCCCCAGGCUGGUCCAUCUUCCAUGCUGGAGACAGAGGAACCUUGUGCAAUGGAAACACUGCCAGGGGGCAGCCUCCCAGACGGCACCAGGCAGCUGGGAAGCACAGGGAAUGUGUGUGAGGAAGUCUUCUUGGGGGAGACACUGAUGGCGAGUCUUUCAGGGGAUGCUCCUGCUAGCUCUUCUAUGCAUACUGUCCAGGAGGAGGAGCAGCAAGCUCAGAAGGCUCUGGAUGCUGAGGGUGAGGACUCAAGCCCUACCAGUCCCCAGAGGCAAUCUGUCAUCCAGCAGUCAGCCCAGGGUAAGGAUCGGCCACAUCAAGGCACUGGGACGAAGAGGCCCCACCCAGAUGACGAGGACGAAGAGGCCCCCGAGUGUCUUUCCAGCACCAGCAGCUUCCAGCCGCCACUGGAUGCAGGGAAGGUGCUUCAUGUGGAUGGUCGUGAUUCUGGGCAGGACCCAGGAACUUGUGCUGGGGGACGCACUGCAGCCGAUGCGUUUGAUGCAUCUCAAGGGAAGCCCUACACAUGCAGUGAGUGUGGGGAGGCCUUUGCUUGGAUCUCAAACCUUAUGGGGCAUCACAAGAGUCAUGGCUGUGUGAGCCAGGGCUGCUAGGAGCCCUUCCAGUUCAGCGUGGUUGUGGUGAAGUACCACAAGAGUCGUAUACAGAAAAGCGAAACAAAGCCACACCCAGAGCCCUUCUCUGCAAAACUCACUGGUGGGAGGUUUGGCCUUCUAGUGUGUGCGUGGUUUUCCUCAUACAACCUGAGGUCUAAGGCUAAGCAACUCUGCUAUGACUGUCCCAUGACAUGACAGUUGCAGCACGAGUGGCCCUAAGCUCCUGUGGGAGUGGAUUCUUGUGCUAUUUCUACAGGCUUCUGUGCUUACUUUCUAGACACUAAUGUGCUGAAAACAACUGGAAAGGCACAGGGUCCUCAUCUUAGAAACACAUGUUGGCCUCAUGUUAGAUCCUGUAAACCAUCAGAUAUGAGGGAAGACUCCCAUUUCUAUCGUAUUUUAAUACCACUCAUACUCUGAUCAUUCGACAUUGUAUGAAGUGUUGAGUUGCUUUACAGUAUGUGAUCUGUUGGUGCUUUCUUGAGCCCUCCUUGCCUCAGUUGCUUCUCCCUCUUUGUUCACACACCAUUCUUGCUCUCUAUUCUGGCCUUUUUGUAAGUAUGUAAUACCAGGUUUACUUCUGACUCCUUAAGAGCAAAAGCUGUUGCUUAGUUUAAGUCAUGUCUUCAUAUGUGCAGUGGCUUGCAAAGAUCACAAAAUAUGCUGAUUUCCGAUUGGGUCUCAGCCCAUUAGUGCAUUGUGAGGUCCAGUCAGUGGAUGGCCACUGGUAUUAAAGAACAAUGAAGUGGAAUCAAAGGUCAGAAUGUAUCAUGUACUAAAGGCAAGUAUUGUUUUGUAAAACUUUUCAGCUGAGUAUCUGAGAGCUGGCUGCCACCUUAAAUGUAUUUGUUAGGGGGCGAGAGCUUACAGAUUGAAGAAUGGUCUGCAUCUGAGCUGAGAGAACCAAAUGCGGCCCACAUAGGUGAUCUUGUGGUUUUGCUUUUAACUCCCGAUUACAACAUUGUUUCUGUUGCCUGGUCGUAAAUGUAAUUGCCCUGCAGAUAUAGAAAGGAUGUCUUUUUUCUGUUAGUGUUUGAGCAGGCAAUUUGUGUAACCCCCAAAUCAGAGACUUACCAUAAUAAAGUAUUUAUUUCUUCAUUUAUAUUAUAGCUCGUUGUUUUGUGAUUGUA